UGACCACAGGGGAUGUCUUUGUUAUUGAAGAAAUGACAUGUGUGGAACAGGACUCUCGGAGAACUCGGUAACACACGAAUUGAAUGAAAAUGCCAGGAAAAUAAGUGUCUGCGAAUAAAUAGCAGGCGCAUGAGACAGUGUGUUACGGUUGCAUUACCGAGUUUGCUUUUGCCCGGGAAUGAGUUACGUGCUUCAUUUUCAAUGUGAAUUGCCUAAUAGACGAAGUCGCAGUCCACAAAUGGGAACUUUCUGUUGAAAAGAUUAAGCUCUUUAUUUUCUUUAAUUACAGAUUAUGUCUACUUUGAGAAUUCCUCCAGCAACCCAUACCUAAUCAGGAGGAUAGAAGAGCUCAACAAGACUGCAACUGGCAACGUGGAAGCAAAAGUAGUGUGCUUUUAUAGACGACGAGAUAUUUCCAACACGCUUAUAAUGCUUGCAGACAAGCAUGCUAAAGAAAUUGAGGAAGAAUCUGAAACAACAAUUGAGGCUGACUUGACUGAUAAACAGAAACAUCAGUUGAAACAUAGGGAACUCUUUUUAUCGCGCCAAUAUGAAUCUCUGCCUGCAACACAUAUCAGGGGGAAAUGCACUGUUGCCCUUCUGAAUGAGACAGAGUCAGUAUUGUCAUAUCUUGAUAAAGAGGAUACCUUUUUCUACUCAUUGGUCUAUGACCCCUCAGUGAAAACACUGUUAGCUGACAAAGGUGAAAUCAGAGUGGGACCUAGAUAUCAAGCAGACAUUCCAGAAAUGCUCUCAGAAGGAGAAUCAGAUGAGAGGGAACAGUCCAAAUUGGAAGUUAAAGUUUGGGACCCAAAUAGCCCACUUACAGAUCGACAGAUAGACCAGUUUUUAGUUGUAGCACGUGCGGUUGGGACGUUCGCUCGAGCCCUUGAUUGCAGCAGCUCUGUGAGGCAGCCUAGCCUGCAUAUGAGUGCAGCUGCAGCUUCUCGAGACAUCACCCUGUUUCAUGCUAUGGAUACAUUGUAUAGACACAGCUAUGAUUUGAGCAGUGCAAUUAGUGUCUUAGUGCCACUUGGAGGACCUGUUUUAUGCAGAGAUGAAAUGGAAGAAUGGUCAGCCUCUGAAGCUAGUUUAUUUGAAGAGGCACUGGAAAAAUAUGGCAAAGACUUCAACGAUAUACGUCAAGACUUUCUCCCUUGGAAAUCAUUGACUAGCAUCAUUGAAUAUUAUUACAUGUGGAAAACUACUGACAGAUACGUGCAGCAGAAACGUCUAAAAGCAGCAGAAGCUGAGAGUAAACUGAAACAAGUGUAUAUCCCAACUUACAAACCAAAUCCCAACCAAAUAUCCACCAGCAAUGGCAAACCUGGCGCUGUGAAUGGAGCCGUGGGAACCACGUUCCAGCCGCAGAAUCCCCUCUUAGGCCGAGCAUGUGAGAGCUGCUAUGCUACACAGUCUCAUCAGUGGUAUUCUUGGGGCCCACCUAAUAUGCAGUGUAGGUUAUGCGCAACCUGUUGGCUCUAUUGGAAAAAAUAUGGCGGCCUGAAAAUGCCCACCCAGUCCGAAGAAGAGAAGCUAUCUCCCAGCCCGCCUGCAGAGGACCCCCGUGUCAGAAGCCACAUGUCUCGCCAGGCCAUGCAGGGGAUGCCGGUCCGAAACACUGGGAGCCCAAAGUCUUCAGUGAAGACCCGCCAAGCUUUCUUCCUUCACACUACAUAUUUCACAAAAUUUGCUCGUCAGGUCUGCAAAAAUACCCUCCGGCUGCGGCAGGCAGCGAGACGGCCGUUUGUUCCUAUUAAUUAUGCUGCCAUUAGGGCAGAAUAUGCAGACAGGCACGCCGAGCUCUCCGGGAGUCCACUGAAAAGCAAAAGCACCAGGAAGCCUUUGGCUUGCAUCAUUGGGUAUUUAGAGAUCCAUCCUUCGAAGAAACCUAGCGUAAUUCGAUCUACGCCAACUCUGCAAACCCCAGCUACCAAGCGGAUGCUGACCACCCCGAAUCACGCGUCUCUGAGCAUUUUGGGGAAAAGAAACUACAGUCAUCACAAUGGCCUGGAUGAACUCACGUGCUGCGGGUCAGACUGAGCUACCCCGUUUCAUCCUAUAACCCAAGACUUGCUGCUCUGCCCUGCUCGCGCUCACGGCUGUGCCGGGAAGGCCGC